CACGCCGCCCGGGGGCAGCCGGCCGAGCCCCCGCGGGGUGCGAUGCGGCGGGGCGCAGCCGGGAGCGGGGCCGGGCCGCGGGCAAUCCCCGAGCUCUCCGGCGGCGGCGGCGGCGGGAGGAGAUGGGGUGUGUGUGAGUGUGAGUGUGUGUGUGUGAGUGUGUGUGUGUGUGAGUGUGUACGCGGGGGAGGGGGAGGCCUUGGACACAACCCCAGCAGCCCCCGGUACAGGGAGCCGGCUGGCGGCGGGGCGCCUGGCCGGGCGGGGGCGGCCGGGGAGCCCUCACCCCGCGGCGGCGGGCGGGCGCGGCGCUGCCCGCGGCCCCCCCGUGCGAGCUGCUACGCCGCCCGCUCCAUCCCCGCCGCAGCCGCCGCGGCCCCGGGAAUAUGGAGCCGUCUCCUCCGAAUUACUCCUUGGGCAGCGACCGAAAACAGGAUCUUCUCAUCCCCCCCCCCCACUCCUCCUCUCCGCCUUCCCCCCCGCGCUUCUCCUUCCUGUUAUUUUCUAGGUACACAGAUCGGUUUCUAUGAAAAUAGGAGAGCAGAGAGCGGCUCCGGUCCCUCCCGGCCCUUCCUUCCCCUGCUGAAGCAUGACAUGGUUCUUUAUGCGCGCCUGACAUGGAGGCUGGGCGAGGAGCAGCGGCCGCUGCGCCCUGCAGAUCGCUGCAGCCGGGUCCCCGGAUCGCCCGGCCGUGCGGCCCCGUCCCCCGGCACCAAGGCCCGGCCUCGUGGGGCGGCUCCGUGGGGUGCCCCCCAGCACACCCUGCAUGUGGUCUCCCCGCACCCCACAGACCCCUGGGGCUGCCCCGGCCCCUUCCACGCUGCAGAACGCAGCAGGUCCCAGCGCCCGUACAGAACGCAGCAGGCCGGCACCCAUGACACGCUGCUGGGCUUUCCCAUCUCUGUACCCAUCCUCUCCACCAACAGCCCUUCCACGUUCCUCAGCACCAUGCAACUCAAAAAACAAAAACAGCAACAAAAAAAAAACAAAAAAAAGAAAACAGCACAGCCACAGCAGCAGAAAGACUGAUGCUGAAUCCAUUUAAAUUCACUUACAUUCACAAGGGCUUGGCCUCAGAGAAUAUUUGAGACUUGGCUCUUGCCACAUGAUGCCAAUUUUUAAAAGCAUGCACCUCAGUGGAAGGGAAGCACUGAAAUCUCACAGAUUUCAAACCCAGACAUCACCAUUUUUACCAUGAUGUUACCAGUUCAGUUGUAACAUUCAGAAAUCAAUCGUUAUUGAUGUUCAUUGUACUGAAAUGUCAUCAAGGGAAGCACUUGCAACCUGGUUCAUAAGCAGGAAGGUUUUCCCCUAGGUUUGGAUGGAACUAAAGCAUGCAGGAUAGCAGCUAUCCCCUUUGCGUUCCAUGUCAGAAGAACAGCACCUGGCGGCAGGCAGAUGGAGGAGGAAAGAUGGGGUUGGAAGGGAAUGAAGUAAGUGGGCCACAGAACUGCCAGUCUGUAACAGCAAAGAAAGAAGGGAAGCAAACACCUCUUGUAGCACCUGGUUUGGGGUUGGAACAGGACCAAGAAGGCUCUCACUGCUUAUGGUGUCCCCAGGGAUGGUUGUGGUACCCAAACACUGCUGUCAACAAUGCAUGAGUAAAUAACAUCUAGCGCUUUGGGGUUGUAAAACAGGGUAUGGACAUCUCUGCUGGGGGAAGCAUUACUGUAAAAUCAUUAACUCAGUAUCAGUACCAAACUAACAAUGGGGAAAAACACACAAGAAGCUUAAUAAGCACUUAGGUAGUUGGCCUGCCCUCUGUCAAUGCCAUUAUUUGCCUGAGCAAUCCAGAUCAGCGGCAGCUGCCAACACAGCCGCCUUCAGUGUAGGCAUGUGGCCUAAGAGCUCACUUUCACUUUCACAUCAGAUAGGACUUUGCAUCCUUUUACAUUUAUACCUCAUUGCAGUUUAAAUUCCCUUCCAAACAAACGUCAUACAAAAUCUCUGACCACAGCAAUUGAGGACUCUGAUCUGAAUCUGUUGGAAAUAAUUCAGACUGCUGUGUCCAUAUUUCUGCUGUCAUCCAAGGCAGCCUUGUUUCCAUAAUACUUAGGAGAAAGGCGGAGCUGAUUUAUUUAUUUUUUCCUAUUUAUAUGAUUUGCUUUUCAUUUACAGGUACUAACAGCUCUUUUUAGUAACUUAUUUAAUGACCUUAAAUCACAAAUGAGCAGGAUAUGUGCCUAUUCCUUCUAAAAGGAGACUGUAUGGGCUAUAUGCAUACACAUAGGUGUAUGCAUAUACAUAUGAUAAAUGUAUUGCUAGUUAGAACAGCUAAUUCAAAAUAUCUCGAUACUGAUCUGAAAUUUCUCAUCAAAAUAUUCACUUUUUAUUUUAAAUUUUCGUUCAUCCCAACACUGAUGUCUGUGGAGGAUGCAGAAUAAUAAUAUUUCUAUUCUGCAGUAUUAGAACUAAAGGAAACUCAUUCCAUAGACGUCCAGGGACAGAGCUCUCUUUAUCUCUUGCAUAUCAGCUGCAGUGGAUAUGAGUUGCCAAGGCAAGAUUUCAAGGAAAUUGUUCUGAGUCACAACUGAGCCAUUCCCCUGUGCAACACGUCUGAGAGCACUGUCUGCAACCGCUGCACUCCUUCAGGGAGUCUGUGACUACAUAUUCUGUCAAAUAAAGAGAUGUGUGAACUAAACAUGUCUUCACAUCCAAGCACGCAGCACUGGCUAACGGGGUCAACAGAAGCAACAACGUGUUUGUAUGAAAAUUAACUGGAAGAAACACCAGCAGACGGAGCCAUAAAAUGCUGCAAAACCAGGAGUUCUGAAUUGCUCUUUAGUCUGAGGGCAAACCAAGGAAGUUUUGGCAAAUUCUUCUAAGGAAAAAGGGAAUUCCACCGGGAAGCUUAUACUAAAAGUUAAUAUCUCAUCCCCUUCAAGAAGUCUGUCAGCCUGUCACUCACAGAAACUUUUACUACCAUUCCUUGUACACAUGGCCACCAGCUAUAUUCUGCUGAAUUGUAAGCAAAGAAGACUGUGGUUAUGAAUGGUUAGGGAAACAGCAUUAAAGGGAUGCCAUCCAGAGGGACCUGGACACGCUUGAGAAGUGAACCCACACAAACUGAAUGAGGUUCAUCUAAGCCUCCUUUAAGGUAUU